AUUUCUACAUUGGUAUGUUCUGAUAUUUAGCACUAAGCCUAGCAUUGGUUUCAGGAAGUGAAGGGCGGUGGUUGAAGAAAGAAUAGCACCAGGCCAGUUGUCAGAAAUCAGAGUCAAAAUGUCUAGCAAAAGGGCCAAGGGAAAGACCACAAAAAAGCGCCCCCAGCGCGCCACCUCCAAUGUCUUUGCUAUGUUUGACCAGUCUCAGAUCCAGGAGUUCAAGGAGGCCUUCAACAUGAUUGACCAGAACCGCGAUGGGUUUGUGGACAAAGAGGACCUUCAUGACAUGCUCGCCUCACUGGGUAAAAAUCCAAAUGAGGACUACCUGGAGGCCAUGAUGAUGGAAGCUCCUGGACCCAUUAACUUCACCAUGUUCCUCACCAUGUUUGGAGAGAAGCUCAAUGGCACAGACCCAGAGGAUGUGAUCAGAAAUGCAUUUGCUUGUUUUGAUGAGGAGGGAACAGGUUUCAUCUCCGAAGAUUACCUAAGAGAGCUGCUGACAACAAUGGGUGACCGGUUUACAGACGAGGAGGUGGAUGAGCUCUUCAGGGAGGCCCCCAUCGAUAAGAAGAACAACUUCAACUACGUUGAGUUCACACGUAUCCUAAAGCACGGUGCCAAGGAUAAGGACGACUAAAGGCUCAUGCCAGCAUAUUCUUCUCUACCUUCUCGGCCUCUUUUCCAUUAGCUGGACCAAUAUGCUUCGUCUCGAGCCCUCAAUAUUCUCUUCACAUUUAAACAAACCAAAGCAAUAACUGUCUAGUCUGUAAACCUCCAGUAUUGCCAAAUGUAUACAUCUCUAAUGAGGAAAAAAAAUAUUCUAAUGGGUUUUGAAAUGAUUUUUUUUUUGUCAUAAAGAUGUGAAGUGGCAGCAACUUGGAAGCUCUAGGGGAUAUGUCUUUGUAAACUUUUUAAAUAAAGCCCACUAUCAUGUUGUA